AUGUCGCAGCGGCUGGUGGCGGCGGCCGGCAGCAGGGCGGUGGCGGGGCCGCUCGCCGUGCUGUGGCGGUGCGGCCUUGGCCCACGACGGGGCAGGACGUUCGGGGCAGGCGUGAGGGCGCUCGGAACCGCUCAGCAGUGUCUCCAGGGAACCCGCUCUCAGCAGUCGGCUCUGCAGAUAAGACUGGUGUCAGUUUCCCAGUGGCUGUGUUCAGAACCACCCAAAGGAACUAAUGAACCAAAGGAUGCUGGUUCUGGAGCAGACAGAGGGAAGAGAAGAGGAAAGCAAGAUGACUUUGCCUGGUGGAAACGGAUGCAGAAGGGGGAGACUCCCUGGGACGACAAGGAUCUCCGCAGUCUGGCUGUGCUGGGGGCAGGUGUUGCUGCAGGAUUUCUCUACUUCUAUUUCCGAGAUCCUGGGAAGGAAAUCACUUGGAAGCACUUUGUGCAGUAUUACCUGGCGAGAGGUCUGGUGGAUCGGCUGGAAGUCGUGAAUAAACAGUUCGUGCGUGUUAUUCCUGCCCCUGGGACAUCACCCGAGAAGCAUGCAUGGUUCAGCAUUGGCAGCGUGGACACCUUCGAGCGCAACCUGCAGACUGCCCAAUGGGAGCUAGGCAUUGAGCCCCCCAACCAGACGGCUGUGGUCUACACCACUGAGAGCGAUGGGUCUUUCUUGCGAAGCCUGGUGCCCACCCUUCUCCUGAUUGGCAUCUUCCUCUAUGUCAUGAGGAGGGGUCCGAUGGGGGCUGGGCGUGGUGGGCGAGGAGGGGGCCUCUUCGGCAUUGGUGAGACAAUAGCCAAAAUCAUCAAGGAUGACAUCGGCGUGCGGUUUGCAGACGUGGCUGGUUGUGAAGAAGCCAAGCUGGAGAUCAUGGAGUUUGUAAAUUUCCUGAAGAACCCCAAACAGUACCAGGACCUUGGGGCCAAAAUUCCAAAGGGAGCCCUGCUCACAGGUCCUCCCGGUACCGGCAAGACACUUCUCGCCAAGGCAACCGCGGGGGAGGCUGGUGUGCCCUUCAUCACCGUGAAUGGGUCUGAGUUCCUGGAGAUGUUUGUUGGUGUUGGCCCAGCUCGGGUUCGUGACAUGUUUGCAAUGGCCCGGAAAAAUGCUCCCUGUAUCUUGUUUGUUGAUGAGAUUGAUGCAAUUGGCCAGAAGCGUGGGCGUGGGCAUGUUGGAGGCCAGAGUGAGCAGGAGAAUACCCUGAACCAGCUGCUCGUGGAGAUGGACGGAUUCAGCUCUACCUCAAACAUUGUCGUGCUGGCCGGCACCAACCGCCCCGAUGUCCUUGAUCCAGCCCUGAUGCGGCCAGGCCGCUUCGACCGUCAGAUUUACAUUGGGCCCCCGGACAUCAAAGGCAGGUCGUCUAUCUUCAGGGUCCACUUGCGUCCACUCAAGUUGGAUGAGAGCCUCAGCAAGGAUGCCCUGGCGAGGAAGCUUGCAGCCCUCACUCCAGGCUUCACAGGUGCUGAUAUUUCUAAUGUUUGCAACGAAGCUGCCCUGAUCGCCGCGCGCCACCUAAGCCCCUCUGUAGGGGAGAAGCACUUCGAGCAGGCCAUUGAGAGGGUCAUUGGAGGCCUUGAGAAGAAGACACAGGUCCUGCAGCCCAGUGAGAAGAUGACGGUGGCCUACCACGAGGCUGGCCAUGCAGUGGUGGGCUGGUUCCUGGAACACGCAGACCCCCUGCUCAAGGUGUCCAUCGUCCCCCGGGGCAAGGGGCUCGGCUAUGCCCAGUGCCUGCCCAGAGAGCAGUACCUGUACACGCGGGAGCAGCUCUUUGACCGCAUGUGCGCCAUGCUGGGUGGCCGCGUGGCUGAGCAGCUGUUCUUCGGGCGGGUCACCACGGGGGCCCAGGACGACCUGAGAAAGGUCACCCAGAGCGCCUAUGCCCAGAUCGUGCAGUUCGGGAUGAGCGAGAAGCUGGGCCAGGUGUCCUUCGAUCUCCCGCGGCCGGGCGAGGCGCUGGUGGAGAAGCCGUUCAGCGAGGCCACGGCCCAGCUCAUAGACGAGGAGGUGCGGCGGCUCAUCGGCUCCGCACAUGCGCGCACCCUGGACCUGCUCACCCACUGCCGCGAGCAGGUGGACAAGGUGGGCAGGCGGCUGCUGGAGAAGGAGGUGCUGGAGCGGGCUGACAUGGUGGAGCUGCUCGGGCCACGGCCGUUCGCCGAGAAGAUCACCUAUGAGGAGCUCGUGGAGGGCACGGGCGGCCUGGAGGAGGACACGGCCCUUCCUGAGGGUCUGCAGGGCUGGCGUGGGGGGCCGGAGGAGGGCGGCUUAGGGCGCCCGCUGCAGGAGAGCCCAGCCUAG